UGCGCUUGGUCAUUGGUCCGUACACUUUUUAGGUUGGCCAAUCAGAGUAUUGUUGCUAGGCCGCUUUGUGUAAUUUAUUGGCUGGCCUGGCUGUCAAUCAAACUGGGAGCUUGUAAUGCGAGGCCCGAUGCGCAACGGUGCUGUAUUUACAGAGUGCUGCUAUCGAGGUGCGUGGCUGAUGAAGAUACCUGCAAACUUUGUGUUGUGGAGAAUGAUCGCCUGUUUUGCAUGAAGGUGCCGUUUUAAAGAGGGAGAGAGUUCGACCUGCGCGUCUUUUCCAUUCAAAGCUUUGGGUGUUUUCAAGGAAGUGAUUGCCAGAGGUGCUGAGCUGGUGCUGCCAUCUGCACCGUCAGACUGGUGGCAUCUACUAUGGCCUACAUAGAAGCUGGCUCACUGACACCCACAUACACACUCAUCUGACCUGGAUCCAUCACUCCGUCUCUCCACCUGACCCUCUCUGUUACCAACACUGUUCCUUUCAGUGUUGAUGCUAGCAUUGCACAUUCAUGGGUAUUCUUGUAGGUCCGUGCUGUUAGCAUAUGAUCAUGAGCUUGAGAGGUUUGCAUAGGUGCCGUUAUACUUGAGGAUGAAUUCGCAUUACCGGCCUUUAGAAAGCCGGUGUGCUCUCCUCUCUCCUGAAGCUUCACCACGGCCCUCACCUGUGUGCUCCACUGUUUCUCCAGUGAGUCGUCCUGGACUGCCCGGCCCUUCCUGCUCCGCCCCCGUGCCGUCUCCCCCGCCACGGUCACCAUGACGCGCUCCAAAACCUUUCAGGCCUACCUGCCCAACUGCCAUCGCACCUACAGCUGCAUUCACUGCCGAGCGCACCUGGCCAAUCACGAUGAGCUCAUCUCAAAGUCGUUUCAAGGGAGUCAAGGCAGGGCAUACCUCUUCAACUCAGUGGUGAAUGUGGGCUGUGGCCCAGCGGAGGAGAGGGUACUGCUGACCGGUCUCCAUGCGGUGGCCGACAUCUACUGUGAGAACUGUAAAACCACUCUGGGCUGGAAAUACGAGCAUGCCUUCGAAAGUAGUCAGAAGUACAAGGAGGGCAAAUUCAUCAUCGAGCUGGCCCAUAUGAUCAAGGACAACGGGUGGGACUGAAGACCCUGAGCUCCCCCUCCUCAUGGCCCAUAACGCUGGAAAGAGACAUGCAGCAUAUGAAUAAUUAGUUUCAUUAUCUGGCUGUAACUUCCUCCCUGGAAAUCUAUCUACCUGACACACACCUCUAAACCUUGAGGGUGCAAGGUUCAUAGCAGCAGCAGCGCUACCCCCAUCCCGUGUGUAUAUAUAUAUAUAUAUAUAUACGCGUUUGACUGGACGAAUGUGUGCCAGCUCGACACCAAGUGUUUAUAUUAUGUGAGUAUUUUCCUAUUCUAUUCAAGGGAGUGCAAAUUGAGGCACAAAUCGACAUUUGCUUUCCUCUGGGUUGGCCGAGGUCAAAUUUUUCCCACGCUCAGGUUUAACUAAUGGCUGGAUCCAUGGUAAAAGAAGGGUGAAAGACGAACCCAUUUAGCACGGCACCUUUUUACUCAUUCGUGUUUUAAACGAGGCAAAAACAUACUAAAACGGAAGCGUCAUCCAUUUGUUUCCCUUAUGUGUCUUUAUUUCUUCCAGUUUUGUCUUUAUCAUUUGCAUGUUGUUUAUUUAUACGUAUAUUUAUUGAUUUUGACGUGGUUUUAGGGACGUUACGCGUAUGGUAAACCGUAGCAA